AUGUCUGGCAUUGAAGAAGCUACUGUCUUUCCCUUUUCACAGACUUCUCACGGCUGCUUUCCAAGUCGCCAUUCUAAUGCUAUGUCUAGCGCAACUCAUCACUCAUGCAACUGCAGACUCGAGCAUUGCUCUCACAAUCCGAGCAAAGCACUCUCUACUCUUCCACCUUUACUGAUGCCAACGUACAUGUCUUCUUCCUGUUGUUCUGCUGAUCCCUCUCCUGUCUUUGCAAAUGGACUGCCUGUACAUUUGGCUGGGUCCUACAACUGCCAUGUUGCUGCCAAUUCCCGCUAUUCGGGCAGCUUCUAUGGCGAUGCGGGUCAACCUGUUGGUCAUACCACUGCAUUGUCAGGCUGCGCUGGUCGUAACUUUUAUAGCAAUGAAGAUGCUCAUGUUCUAACUCCCCCUGGCACAAACUACGGUCCCAUAUCUGGACCAUUCGCCAUGACUACUGGGUCGUCAUUUCCAGUUACUGAAAAUACGAAUGGUUUGACUGGUCUAUCUGACUGCGCUGCCGCCAUGUCUGCCAGAGACUUACCAUGGGCUUGUCAAUCUCAUAAAUCUACUCGAGACAACCGUCAGUGCGUGAUGACCAAACCACCCUUUAGCAGCGUUGUAUCGCAAAAAUCAAGUUAUCACUCGUGUGAUGAAUACGAAUCUGCUGUUCAGCAUUCUGCCAUUCCCCAAACUGACUAUUACUACAACUACCCCAACGACCACAAUUGCUACCCUCCACCUUUUAUGCAAACCCCUCAGAACCAACCACAAUCUGAAUUCAGUUACUGCUCCGCUACACACCCAUCUUACUACACCACUCACCAACUACAACUCGCUCGAGCACAAUCCUAUUCUUCAGCACAAGAAGCAUCAUCUUCAACAGGCCGGCCCAUCUUGUCCGCCAGUUUAAAAUCACAUCAACGCUCCUUCGACGAUCCUCAUUGGGAUCAAUAUAGCUAUGAGCAGCAGCAACAAUAUCCCAAAUCCCGUCACUUUACUCAACCACCUUUGGCAGUUCCAGAAUCUCGUCAAUCGUCAUAUCACUUUACUUGUGGACCCGAUCAUUUAUAUACAUCUCAGCAACACUAUCUUCAGAAUGUACCAGGCUCUCGCAAUGUUGCUCCAUUAUACUCGCUCGAAUCUGGUGAGCUAUCUCCUAGCAACCACACUAGAGAAAGAGCAUUUGCAAAGGCCAUACCCACUACUUUUUAUGCUUAUCCCAUAGAUGAUCAUUUUGCAUCUAGAUCCGUCAGUUCGACUCCCAAAGCAUGUUCCGUCAUGUCUUCCAGACUCGACUGCAAUAAACGACGCAGCAACUGUGUUUCGCAUGACAUAUACGAGAGUAAGCGACAAAAAACAGUCAAGACUUUGGUUCCAUCUGCUCCACAUCACCAACAGCAACUGAUACAAUCCCAUCACUCGGGGACUUUGACUGCAUCUGCUGCUGCUGUUCCUUCCCUAGAGCAAGCAUCUGCUCCUGUGCUUGUAACGGCAUCUCCUUUACUACUUGUAUCUUCUCCUGCUCAUGGCUCACAUUACUAUAUCAGCACUCCAGAAUACACUGGCAAACUGUCUCGGCAGCAAGCGACUGUUUCAAGCAACGAAUCCUUUAUGUCCAACACUGAUACCGAAACGUUUUGUAAUGGCUCCAUAUCACCACGUUCAGUGAUUAAACUCGAACCCACUCGUCAAUUGACUGCAAUGCUUAAAAAGGAGUCUCGAUACUUGGUCUCUCAAGAUUGGACAUCUUCUCUUCUUCGGUCAGAACUCGUGGAUCUGGUAUUGAAGACAUGUCGUGCUCGCCACUAUCAGGGCGAGACAGCCUAUAUAUCUAUGAAUCUACUAGAUAGAUAUGUGUCACAUACAAAGGUUAAUAUGCGUAAACAAGGAAGACUUCUUGCACUAUCAUGUGUUUAUAUCGCAGCCAAGAUGGCUGAAGAGACUAUGGAGCCUUUUACUGGAGAUAUGGUGCAUGACGAGGUGUAUGCCUUUCAACGUAAAGACAUCAAACGUAUGGAGCGCAAGAUUAGCACAGCUCUUGAAUGGAAUUUUGCAAUCAUUACUCCUCAUGUAAUCAUGCAUGAAUUCUUCAACAGUCUUGGUACUCCUGAUGUACGAUGCAGCAACUUUCAUCAUACAUCUGCUGUCACCCGUGCUAUGCGCUACAAUAACUACCCAUCAACAUCACAUAGACGAUCCCCUCCAACAGUAGCCACUAGGGACAGAGUGUUUGCAUUACUAGAUACUACAUUGGAACAUAUAGCCACAUCAUCUAGUCUGUCGACAGCUUAUACCAGCACAGCUCCAUCCGUUAUUGUAGCGACAGUGCUGACUUGUAUUUGCUCCUUGAAACUUGUUCAUCCUACUCAGAUUACACUCGAGGACAUUGCAUCAGUCUUUGGCACCUCUUGUAAUUUACCAUCUCGAUUGUUGUCCAAAUGCAAAACCAUUUUGACUGCAACUGCAUAAUCCUUCAUCUUGGUCUGUUGUUUUACAUUAUAUUUACAUCUUUUUUAUAUGCAUCUUGUGAAUACCCUCGGUACUUUUGAUCAUUUUCCACAACGAUCCGACAUUGUUACUUGAAUUUUGCUUAUUUUUUACCUUUAUUAAUGUUGUCCAUUCAAGGUCAGCUUAUACAAUCUCAUUUUUUCAUUGCUGCAUGUCUAUUUUUGCCUAAUCAUUCUAUUACUUUGAGUUGUAAAAUCGAUAUUUGAUUACCUGAAUAUAUAGUUGAGGGGCAAACAUUUAGUC